AUCCAUUCGUUCCCACCUUAAUUCUAAUACUGUUAAAUUACUCACUGAAUCUCCGGGCAAGUAUAUUGUACCAUGAUUUUGUAGAUAGAUUUUCCGUCCCGCCGAGAGCAGUUGGAUUAACGGAUUUUCUCACGAUUAUUGUGCAUUGACCAUUAAUUAGUCAAGCGUCUUGAUCCCGAAUCACCCGUGACUUACCAAUAUACAUGUAGAAUAUGAUGGAGAUUUAUGCAUCAUCGCGGCAUUUAUUCUUGCUUGUUUGCGUCAUCGGGUCAAUGGGGACAACCCUAGCAGCACACCGGCCUUUACGCAUGGUGGUGAAAGAAUUCAAAAUUCCGUUAAACCAAAACGCCGCCGACCCAGGCACAGCUGAUCAGAGUGCACAAUCACAGAACGGGGCGUCAGUUGGCAGUUCCACGUCGACCAGUGCAGAAAGCGAAGAGAGUCAACAGCCAAGCGACGCAGCGUCAGCCGCAAAUAACGCGGCCGGAACUCCGGCUGACGCGGCUAACCGUCUUAACCCAAUCAAACGGAUCAUACCGGAUCACUAUGGGCCCUCUGUGGGUGAUCCAUACAUGAAAUCAGCCCAGGAUAAUUACUGGCAUUUUAGGAGCUCGACGACAUUGGCGGUAGCUGCCCUUGGAGUUGCUCUGGUCGCGCUUAUUGCGUCACUCGGGGUUGGAGCCGCCAUAAUGUCCCAUAAAAACAGACAGGAGGCCGCCACGGGAUUCCUCAGGACCGAGGGAUACGUCGAAAUGCUCGAAAUACCAACUUAUGAUGAACAAGAAUUAUGUCGUAACGUCAAUUCAUAGCCGACUUUGAGAUGGUGCAUAUAUUAUAUAUGAAACACUUGCAGUGUGGCUUUACUGAUCAGUGAAAGCGUGUACGGAACCAUGUAGGCCGAUUUUAUGGCAUUGCUCUAGAGGGACAGGGGUGGGGAUGAGAUGAAUCUCACCCAAUGGCUGCUGUAAAAACUUCGGAAUUCGAGGGACCCCCCCGCCGAGGAUCAGUGCCCAUGGAACCAAUGGAUAUACCGUAUAAAUGUUGAUAAUUAAAAUAACGUUGUUUUAGUCGGUCUUUUUUUUUCAUUCCCUGUGUACGUCGAAACUGAUACGUCAAAAGCUUUCUCAGAAACUGACGCAAGAAAGC